AUGGUCAAGGCUCCUCGUUAUAUUAGCUAUGCGCCGUCUGCUCGCGGAGAUGCGACAACAACGCAGCUGACUUUUUGGUGUUGUGCAGGAUGUUGUUUCUUUCCCCGAAAGCAGGGGGAGACUGCAUGCGCUUUUUCAGCAGGCUACGUUCUACGCGGUGGGCUUGGAGGCCUGCCUGCCUUCACUCCGCCGCAUGCAAAGGCAUUUCAUGACAGCCUACACACGCACUACGGCUUUCAACACAGCAGCAAGCCCCCGUCUUCUGGAAGCCGUGCUCCUGGGGAUGCUCCGUCUGCUGAAGCGUCGGAGAUUCAGAGAUUUGCCGUUCCAAACUAUAUAGCAUGUGGCAAGGCACGCAUGCAAAACAGCACCCUUCCACAACCUGCUGCUGCUGCUGCUGCUGCAGCUGCUGCUGCUGCUGCAUCGCCUGCAGCAUCGACGUCAUCCGCAGACACAGCAGCAGCUAGCUUCCCAUCGAUAACGCCGAAUUUUUGCAAGACCUGCCGCAGCAGCAGGGGAGCAUCCAAGUCGUCAAACUCUUCCUCCUCCUGCUCGCCAUCUGCCUCUGCCUCCUCUUCU